UAUUUGCCGACAGUUGGCCUCGCAGCUACCCUUGUGCCAAACCGUUCACUACCAUCACCUCGCCUGGUAGCCACGUCGAUCUCUGAUAGCCGUUUUGUCUAUAUUACUGGAUAUACUUUGGAACUGUUAAAAUAUUGGAACCAUGUCUCAAGCUCACCUAGUGGAAGUUCCUGACGAUGGCGGUGAUACUUGCACGUUGAUAAAAGACAACGGGGUCAAUUUACCAGUCUUCCCCGAUGGGGUAACUAUCGAUGAUGUACGCUCUGUAAAAAUACGCGGCGAUGACAUCAUGCUGUGCACGUAUCCCAAAUCAGGAACCCAUUGGGUUCAUGAAAUAACACGAGAGCUCCUCACGGGUGAAAUAACUAACGAUGACGUCACAAUGGGCCAGACCUUCAUGGAAUGUGCGUCAGAAGUGAAGUAUGCCAACCUCCAAUCCCCGAGACUCCUCUGCUCUCAUUUGCUGAUGAAACAUCUGCCAGAAGACGUUCUUAAUAAGAAAAUAAAAAUCAUCACUGUUCUAAGAAAUCCAAAGGACGUAGCAGUCUCCUUCUACAAUUUCUCGAAAACGUUUCCAGGUGCUAAAUACAAAGGGAAGUGGGAAAACUAUUUGCAACCUCUGUUCCAGGGAAAGCAGACUGUACGGACAUUGGACAGGCCCAGAACAUGGAGACCACGUGUCACCACGCCACAGGAGGACCGGUACCUGCGUACGUUGCACCUCCGCAACCGCUUCCUCACGGUGACGUCAUCGGAGGCGCACGCUUUAGGUCGGCGGAUCAGCACAACCACGGUGACCAGAAGACUUCGGACAGUGGGUAUCAGGGCUUAUUGA